AUGUCUCUUCCCGGCAGAUUUCGCUUUGCAAUCAUCGGCUCAGGCCCAGUCGGCAAACUUCUCAUCGCAUCAGUAAAGCAGCAUCCACGCAUCGAAUACGUACAAUAUGAAGCCGAGACACUCUCCUUACGACCUUCAUUCGGAUAUGGAAUCGGCCCUCAGACAUUCGCUACGGUGAGAAUACUAAAUCCUCCUAUCUGGAAGAAGAUUUUGGAACAGAGUUUUACUUCGCCGUAUUGGAUGCAUUUCCUACAUGCGACAGAUGACAAUGUAAAGUUGCCUGCUGUUGCUGUGACGGAGGAGUUGGGUGUAUAUGGGAGGAUAGGAAGACAAGAGUUGAUGGAGAUGUUGGAUGACUUUGCGCCUCGUGAUCAUGAGGUGAAGUAUGGGAUGAGAAUGAAGGAUGUUAAUCGAGGUGAAAAUGAUAGGGUUAAGCUCAGCUUCGAGGAUGGGACGGAGGACGUCGUGGAUGCUGUCUGGACAUGUGAUGGGAUGAAUUCAAUGGGGAGGAAGCUCAUCCAAGGUGACGCUUAUGAAUCUGCUGAGUAUUCUGGUAUCAUUUGCUUUCGAGCAAAGGUUGAGACUGGAAAAGUUGAAGCCGCGGUAGGGGAAGUAUUAGCCUCUAAAACGCAUAUGUUUAUUGGAGGCUCCGGAUAUUUCGUCUUAAUCUUCCCCAUUUUUGAGGCGAAGUAUGUCAACAUCGUGGGGUUCACGCGUGAGAAUGAGUUCAAGAAGAGGGAACGAGCGUGGAAAACACAGCUGAGUGAUAUGUUGGCAUAUUUUCCUGGAGCAAAUCGUACACUUCUUAAACUUCUCGAGUUGAUUUACAAGGAACAAGACUGUCAAUGUCUAGAUCUCAUGGUCAUGAAAAAGCUUGGACUAUUCUACAACAAAGAGCUUCGUAUGACCAGUUUUGGCGACGCAGCUAACGGGAUGCCGCCUCACAUGGGAGGAUCGAUGUCGACUGGCUUCAUUGGAGUGACGACAUUUCUGUACCAAGAGCUCAACCCUCGAAUCGAAUCACUGAGUCCUCAAGCAAGCAACGCAGAGAUUGCAGAAAUCGUGAUGGAAGCAUCACUUGAGUACGAAGAGAAACAUAGGCCUCUAGCACAGAAACUCUGUGAUUAUUCAAUCGAACAAGGAGACAUCUUCACUGGAGGAGUGAUUGAUAUCGAUGAAAUAACAAGGAGACCAAAGUCGUUAUGGGAAGCUGCAACUUUGCAGCGGUGA